UUAUAUAUGUUUUUAAUUUUUAUUUAUUGUCAAAAAUGUUCCAAAGAUGAUACCUGCUCAUUAAAAGAUCAAAAAAACUGUCUUUUCGAUCUUAUUUGGCAGUUUUGACACAUUUUUCGAAAAUUUGUUUUUUUGAAAAUCUUGACUUCAUUUUGAAAAGUGAAAAAAGUUGUAUGGCGGUCGAGAAAACGCGAGACAUGUAAAUAGCUAAUCUCAAUGACAACACUCCACAAUACAUUAAUUAAUUAAUUUCAGACCGGAAAAAUGCGGAAAAAUUAACUUUACCUCUAUUUGAAAAACAAAGAUAUUUUUUUUGCACUUCCUAGCCUUCUUACAGAAUUUAUUUUUUUUUAAAUAGUUGCAAUGGUAAUUAAUAAAUAAAAAUUAUAAUACUUUACCUCCAAAUGUAGAUUAACAAUUUAAAAAAACAAUUACAACAAAAAAACUACCAAAGCGUUUUUAAUCGUCAACCAAACUCAAGCGAAAAAUAGAAUACUUUGUAUUAUCUCCAUCCAACUGUUGGCAAGAACCAACUUUCAAGCUUAGCUUAAGCUAAUCCGAGAUGAAAACCAAAAAACCAAACAUGAAUUACAGUUACCCAUUGUAUUGAGAAGCUCAACUCAUGAUUUAAAAUCAUGUGGCUAAACUUUUUUUUUUCUAUUUUGUCCAGUCAGAUUGGCGAAUUACCACACUGUGCGCCGCUGAAAAUGCAAUAGACUACUACAACUACAAGGGUUGGUAUUCAUACCGUAUUACUAGCUGUUGUUGACUACAGAUACAGAUUUCUCUACAUCAGUGUUGGCAGUCCCGGGCGUUGUAACCACUCUUCAAUUUUCGAAAACUCAUCCUUGAAAGUGCCCCACCAGGAUCCAAUACUCAAGGCAAUGUCAAAAAACUUAUGCGAUGUGAAUGUACCAGUCGUCCUUAUUGGAGAUUCGGCUUUUAGAUUUUCCGACAUUUUGAUGAAACCGUAUCCAUAUAGUACGUCUCUGACACCAAGACAGAAAAAUUUCAAUUUUCAUCUUUCCAAGAGUAGAAGAGUGGUUGAAAAUGCUUUCGGUCACCUGAAAGCCAGAUUUCGACGAACUGGAAAGGGGUUGGACAACCACAUUGAGAACACAAAUCUCAUUAUAAAAUCCUGUUGUGUACUUCAUAAUUUUUUAAACUCGCAAAAUGAUGAAAUUAAUUCUCAGUGGUUGCAACGCUCAACGGAAGCUACAACAAGGGAACAACCAGAGUUCAAUUCCAUCAUAAACGAUACAAACCCAACUGCAAAUAACAUCAGGAAUGCAAUAAGUAAUUACUUAGGUGGUGAUAUAAAUGAAAAGCGCACAGAAAAUAAACCAACUAAAGCAACUAGAGAUUCCAGUUGUGCCUUUAUUGAACUGAUUCACGGUCUCAUGGCUCAAAUAGCCAAGGACAAGCUCUUUAACAAAGUUGGAAUCAACAAGUUAUCCUUAAAUUUCGUUUAUAAAACCAAACAAACUUUAAAUUGAAUAAAUUACAUUUAAUAAACUUUAACAAAAGGUUUUUCUAUUCUAUAAGAUAUUGAGUCACGAACCCUCUUGCCAAGUAGUCGAUCGCCGUAGGGUACAAGUGAUGGAUUUCAAAUACACAUUUCACCUAGUUCUGGUGUCCACACUUUUAAAACGCAAUCCCGAUCGUCGGGGAUUCGUAUUGUAGUUGGACCAAAUACAAUUCUAGAUCCGAUAUCUUCGAUUGAUCUUAAGCUUUUCAAUGGUGCUCUCAAAUCGAUUUCCAAACGUACAGGUGUAGGCAAAGUAUAAUGAUGAAUCAUAUGAUGAUGUACAGCAGGUACAUACCUUUGUCUGGGUUGUGUUGUCAGUGGGGGUUCAAAUGAAACUGACAAACUGACCAUUUGAUAUGCCUGGAAAAUUAACUCAAUAAAUAACUAAAUACAACAAAAAGAGAGAAUCUUUUUUUUUCAGCUUACCGGAACCGGCCCUGUUCUACUGUGAACACAUGGACAUAUAUUUUGAAUCUGUCGAGAUCCGAUUCGAUGAUAAAUCUAUCGGAGUUGGAGUCAGGUGUCGGCUAUGUAUUUCCUGCAUGGUUUGUUGGCGACACCAAAGAUUAUGAUGAACAA